UUAUACAGCCUCUCAAUUUGCAACAGUAUCAAUUCAUUAUCCUUGGAAGAGCAUUCAUACAUGGGUAGCUUUGUAAUUUUGAGCUAGAACCACUUUAACAUCUAGAAAUGCAAGUUGUCAUCUUCCUAAUCAGAAACUCACCAGACUCUGACACACUUAACAGAACCCUAAAACUCCCACUCUCCCCUCCCCUGUCAUAUCAGGCUUACACUUCUAUAUCACACUGGGCAGUUUUGCUUUUGCUGCAGAUUUCUUGUCAAAGAAAAGAUAGCAAAUGAUGCGUUGUUGUAUCACAUAUAGCUUGUUGGUGUAGAAAGAUCUUGAUUUUUGUGGAACUGGUUAGCUCGUGGGUGUUGUUUUGUAUUUGUCAAUGGCAGAGGUGGUUGGGCCAAGGUUGUACAGUUGCUGUAAUUGCAGAAAUCAUGUUGCCCUUCAUGAUGAUGUCAUUUCUAAGGCUUUUCAGGGAAGACAUGGUCGAGCCUUUCUGUUCUCUCAUGCGAUGAAUGUUAUGGUGGGGCCGAAGGAGGAUAGGCAUCUAAUGACUGGCCUCCACACAGUUGCUGAUGUCUCUUGCUCCGACUGCCGUGAAGUGCUUGGUUGGAAAUAUGAACGAGCUUAUGAGGAAACACAAAAAUACAAGGAAGGGAAGUUCAUACUUGAGAAGUCAAAAAUAGUCAAAGAAAACUGGUAGCAAUUGUGCAGCUUUUCCCCCCCUCGUCUUUCCCAAUGUUGUUGUAAGUGGAUGAAAUUGUGGGUGCUAUUGCAUGUGCAUCUUGUGCAGGAAAACCUCAUGAAUUGCAAAUAUUGACGUGAUGUUCCUCAACACUCAUUCUUGUGCUCCAUGUAUGGAUAUUCUACUUGAGAUCGUUGUCUUGGUAAUAAAUCGUUAAUAGUUCUCUCUA